AUGGCGAUAAAUGCAAGAUUAUACAAAGUUGAUAGCUCUUUUUUUGAUGAUCCCAGUUCCUAUAGACACAUCGUUGGCACUCUUCAAUACCUUACACUAACACGACCAGACAUUUCCUUUGCGCAUACCAAGACCUUCUCAUUGAUCAUUUCACGAGCUCCUGGUGCUUAUUUACAAGCUUUCACAGAUUCCGAUUGGGCUGGCAGUAUUGAUGAUCGCAAGUCGACUGGUGGUUAUGCUAUAUAUCUUGGUUCGAAUAUAAUCUCUUGGUCAUCUAGAAAGCAAAGAACAGUAGCUAGGUCCUCCACUGAAGCUGAGUAUAAGGCAUUAGCUGAUGCCGCUGCUGAGUUAACAUGGACACAGUCUCUUAUCUUUGAGCUCAGAAUCUCAAUUCCUUGUGCCCCCGAUUUUAUGGUGUGA